AUGAUCACAAGCUCUGUCUGCUACCUGAAGCUCACCUGCAGCGGCAGCUUCACGGACUUCUCCAGCCUGCCCGCGGGGGCCUUCAAAGCCGCCUCCUUCUUCAUCGGCCUCUCCAUGAUGCUCAUCAUCGCCUGCAUCGUCUGCUUCAUCCUCUUCUUCUUCUGCAACACGGCCACCGUCUACAAGAUCUGCGCCUGGAUGCAGCUCACCUCGGGGACAAGCCUGUCAGGCUGUGUGCUCCUCCAGGCCACCUACCCGCAGAGAAGCCGCAAUGCAUCUCAGAAGGGCUAUAAAGAAAGCAGAUUUACAAAAUGCUCCAGAAACCCCAG